UUUGGGUUGUGAACCCUCUAAAAUCAGUCUCUCUCCAAAGAUGGGACACUCUUUUCCUGUACAUUUCUGGAAACCCAAAGUAGAUAAAUUCGCCUUCCCUAAGUCUCCUUUUCCCCACACUUACCAAGAGAAAAGAAAGAAUAGAAAAGAGAGAAUGUCUGUCCCUUUGCAAUCUUCACUACUACGAUAUUUGCUUCUCCUCGUGCCAGCAGUGCUCAUCAUCAUUUUAUCAAUUCCCAACACAACCAUAAGUGCAACUGUUACUCAUGAAACCAAGACCUCAGCUGGCCAUGCAAUCCCAUUUCCUACCUAUGAACACUUGGAUGUCAACCAAGCCAUUAAAGAAUCAACAUUAAUCCACGUCCCUGCACCAACUAAAACACAUGUGGAUGAAAAUGAUGAAAACAGCAACAGCUGGAAGCUCAAGCUUCUUCACAGAGACAAAUUACCUUUUUCCCACUUCACUGAUCAUCCUCGCCGCUUUCAAGCUCGCAUCAAAAGAGACCUCAAAAGGGUCCAUACACUCACUAAUAAUUAUGAUCAGGUUGAGGAGGAGGAAUUCGGGAGUGAGGUGAUUUCUGGUAUGGAGCAAGGCAGUGGAGAAUACUUUGUCAGGAUUGGAGUUGGUAGUCCUGUUAGAGAGCAAUACAUGGUUAUUGAUGCUGGCAGUGAUAUUGUGUGGGUUCAGUGUCAGCCUUGUACCCAUUGCUACCAUCAGUCUGACCCCAUAUUUGACCCGUCCCUUUCCGCUUCUUUCUCUGGUGUACCAUGUUCCACCUCCCUUUGCAACCGCGUCGAUAACUCUCGCUGCCAUGCCGGUCGCUGCAAAUAUCAAGUCAUGUACGGUGAUGGAUCCUACACCAAGGGGACCAUAGCACUGGAGACCCUCACUUUUGGCCGCACCAUCGUUCGUAACGUGGCCAUCGGAUGUGGCAAUAGUAACCGCGGUAUGUUUAUUGGGGCUGCCGGUUUGUUGGGCCUUGGAGGUGGGUCCAUGUCACUCGUCGGACAACUCGGUGGACAAACGGGCGGAGCUUUCAGUUACUGUUUGGUUAGCCGGGGCACCGAAUCAACCGGAUCCCUUGCAUUCGGCCGGGAAGUAUUACCCGCGGGUGCUGCAUGGGUACCGCUGAUCCGAAACCCACGGGCCCCGAGUUUCUAUUACAUUGGCCUGUUGGGUCUUGGAGUAGGAGGAGCACGUGUAGACAUAUCUGAAGAUGCUUUUAGAUUAACUGAGGAAGGAGAUGGUGGGGUGAUUAUGGAUACAGGGACAGCCGUUACUAGGCUUCCCGAGGCGGCAUACGUGGCGUUUCGCGACGCGUUUGCUGCGGAAACAGCAAGCCUUCCACGGACACCUGCCAUGUCAAUAUUUGACACGUGCUACGAUCUAAACGGGUUUGUGACGGUUCGGGUACCAACAGUUUCGUUUUUCCUCAUGGGUGGUCCGAUCUUAACACUACCAGCUAGGAACUUCUUAAUUCCAGUGGAUAGAAAGGGCACAUUCUGCUUUGCAUUUGCUCCAUCUCCAACCAGACUUUCCAUAAUAGGGAAUAUCCAGCAAGAAGGCAUCCAAAUUUCUAUUGAUGGGGCAAAUGGUUUUGUGGGAUUUGGCCCCAAUAUUUGCUAGGCAUGUAAAAUCAAGUUUCGCUUAGUUACAGUAAAUUAAUUUCAAUAAUA